AAAAAGAUGCAGUUUGAUAAAAUACAGGGUGGAAGUUUGCUUGUCGGUGAGCCAUUAAGAGCUGUUUGCGUGACAGUAGCUGAAGAUCAUGAAAAGUUGAGAGCACUGGCUGGUGUGUUUCUAAAAUUUGAAAUAACAGCUUCUAUAGGCCAAGAAAUAUUUGAAGAUUAUAGCAAUAUAUACUUGACUACUGUUCAGAAUAAUGAUGAUUCAACACAACCACAGUUACAAGAGAAAGAAAUUCGUGUCAAUAGAGCUGCUCAUGAAUGCAGUUUCGAAGCAAUGAGAGGAAAGUUUUGUGUUUUUUUAGAAAAAAUGAGGUCUAUAUUAUCAGAGAAAACAAAAUUAGAAGAAUUGAAGCGAUUCUUGGAGCGUUUUGACCCAGAGCUGAAAUCUCAAUUACAACGGACCAGAUCCUUUAACGGUCUCUUAAAAAUCAUAGAAAAGAAAUGCAAUAUUGUCAAUGUAGCAGCAAUGGAGACUAUUGCUAAUCGCUAUGAUCUAGAGGAUGGAAUAUCCCUUGUCUCAGGAUACAAAGAAGAAAUCAAGAAGUUUUCAAAUGAAAUGAAGCUUGCAUUUACUUUGAGCAAAAAGCUUGUGUUAGCCUCAAACAGUUCUCUAACUUGUGAAAAGAUUGGGUUUCUUCUUGACUGGGAGCCAUCAGAUCAUUUACUGGAGGAUAUCCGUCUGUUACUGGAAAGAGCAUUUGAUGAUUUGGCUAAUGAAGUUGUUGUUCAAACUAUUGAAAAGGCCAACUCGAUCCUCAUCAUCUGCUAUGCUCCACUGUACCUGAUGAAUGCUUUGUUCUUAGAAGCCCAAGCUAAUCUUCCCACAUUACUGAAAGAAUUUGAUUUAAUUCAGUUAACUAUUGGCCACUACACUCUAUAUGAUAGAAAUAAAGAAAAAGAGAUAAAAAGUGUUGAAGAAAAUUUUCAAUUUAGCAUGAACGAAGAGUUACUAAGGACGGAAAGUUUGCAACAAUUUUUGAAAACAGAGCACAUUGAAUCAACAGAAAUAUCAACUUCGGAAUCUGAGCUCAUCGAGUUACAAGCAACUAGGAAAAAACAAUUGAGUGCUGUUUUAAUGGACAAUGAGCGUUUAUCAAAAUCUGAAUCAGAUCUAAAGAGGUCUUUAGCUGAGUGUGAGGAGAGAAUAUCAUCCCAAGCUGCAGAACUGAAAGAGUUAAAGAGACUGUUGGAGGAAAAAAGAAAAAAAAUGUUGAAGAAAGUGUUACAGCCCUCAGAUGACAUUGAUAUUCAUGAUUUGCUAGUAAAUAAAUGUCAACUCAAGCCCGACAAGUGGUUUGAUCUUGGUUUGAGACUAGGACUACAAAAAGGGACAUUGGAUGUCAUUCGCUCUAAUAAUUCUACUGCAUCUGAAUGUCUGCUUGAUUGCUUGUCUAAAUGGCUACGUAGAGCUGAUGAUGUUGAUAGGAGAGGAGGAGCUACCUGGGAUUCAUUGUCAGAUUCUCUAAGAUCUAUGGGACUUUUCAAUGUAGCUACCAAUUUAGAUAGAGAGAAGCGUCCUUUUCUGGCUAUUUUCGAGAACCAGUGCAGAUCUAUCGAUCUUUCUGAAAAUUUUAUGGAUGUAGUAGCAGUACUUCAGGAAAAGCAAGUAAUAUCAGAAGAAUUAGCAUCAAGCAUGAAGUCAAUGGAUGGCUUUGCUCAAAGCAAUGCCCUGAUUUCUGCUCUUAGAGAAGCUAUUAAAGUGAAUGGAAAAGCUCUUCAAAUAUAUGCUUCUAUUCUAUGUAAAAGUCCUCAUUAUCAAUAUGAUGGACAGCGGUUACUUAGAGAUUAUGACAAUGAAGUGUUUAAAGAAUCCUUAAGUGAUGAGAAACAUGAGGAUGCAAGUAGCAGUGCAAUCACACCUACAAAUCUAGUUGAAAUUCCAGUUGGAAAAAGUAUCACUAAACAAAUUGAAUCAAUAAGAAAAUCUUAUGCAAGAAUGAUGUAUAAAGUUCAAGCUGCUAUAGUGAAACAGAGUCCUGAUUUUGGCAUCUUGAAAACUCUUGUCAAAGUACGCAGGACUGAUCUAGCAUCAAAAUUAGUCGUAUGUGCAACAUACGAUUCUAUAUUAAAUCUGAUUGAAGAAGAGUGCUGUUCAUUAGUAGAUAUUGAAAUGUUAGAGUUUGUAGUUGAAGAAAUAGAUAUUGUAGAAGCUUUAGAAAGCAUUGAACGCUAUAAGGAAUACCUAGAUAAGUCUUGUGUCUCUAUUUUUGAUAGUCUUAAUUUGAAGGAAACGUUUGCAUCUGCAAAGACUGAUUCUCUUCAAUUUGAAGCAGCUACUUAUGUAUUCGACUGGCGACCAAAAGGACAAACUUUUAAAGACAUCUACAAUGUUCUCUUUAAGGUAUCUGGUAAAGAAGUGGUUGUUAAGUAUGUCUAAACCGGCUCUUUUAAAGCUGUCAAGUUACUUUUUAAAAUUUGAAUAAUAAUAAUAAUAAUAAUAAUAAUAAUAAUUGUGACCUUAUUUAAUUAUAAUAAUUAUUAUGAUUCGCUGACUAUCUUAUUGACUC